ACACCAUCCCUCAUGAAGCUCUGGUACGCCAGGUCUGCUUGCAUGCGCUCAUACACACAGCCCCUCCUCCUUACACAAGCUCCUGGUCAUGUGACCAUGAAGGAGCAUGUGACCAGCGAUGUCACGAACCUCCUUCUAAGUUCUCCAUUCUAGCAUCUACCAUUUGCUGCUGACAGGGUUAGGGAAGCAGGGUGCGAGAUAUCUUUGGUUGUGUGAUGCCUAGUACAGCCAUGAAAAAAAAGGUCCUACUGAUGGGAAAGAGCGGCUCGGGAAAGACCAGCAUGAGAUCCAUCAUCUUUGCAAAUUACAUUGCACGAGACACGCGUCGUUUGGGUGCAACUAUUGAUGUUGAGCACUCUCAUGUCCGAUUUCUGGGCAACUUAGUGCUGAAUCUAUGGGAUUGUGGAGGUCAGGAUACAUUUAUGGAGAACUAUUUUACCAGUCAACGUGACAACAUAUUCCGCAAUGUUGAAGUCCUCAUCUAUGUCUUUGAUGUUGAGAGUAGAGAGCUGGAGAAGGACAUGCAUUAUUAUCAGUCUUGUUUGGAAGCCAUUCUCCAGAACUCCCCUGAUGCAAAGGUCUUUUGCUUGGUUCACAAGAUGGAUUUGGUACAAGAAGACCAAAGAGACUUGAUAUUUAAAGAACGAGAAGAGGAUUUAAGGCGCCUUUCCCGACCCCUUGACUGUUCCUGUUUUAGGACAUCCAUUUGGGAUGAGACAUUAUACAAGGCCUGGUCCAGCAUUGUUUACCAGCUCAUUCCUAAUGUCCAGCAGCUUGAAUCCAACUUGCGUAACUUUGCCCAGAUUAUUGAGGCAGAUGAAGUUCUAUUAUUUGAGAGGGCAACAUUUUUGGUUAUUUCUCAUUAUCAAUGUAAAGAGCAAAGGGACAUUCACCGAUUUGAGAAGAUUAGUAAUAUUAUAAAGCAAUUUAAACUAAGCUGCAGUAAGUUGGCUGCAUCCUUUCAGAGCAUGGAGGUUCGGAAUUCCAACUUUGCUGCUUUCAUAGAUAUUUUCACAUCCAACACCUAUGUCAUGGUUGUAAUGUCUGACCCCUCAAUUCCCUCAGCAGCGACUUUAAUAAAUAUACGGAAUGCAAGAAAACACUUUGAGAAGCUGGAGCGUGUGGAUGGUCCUAAGCACAGUCUCCUCAUGCGCUGAGACAUCUGUCAGAGGUCAUUAAAGGGAACCUGUCACCUCCA